UGAAAUUCUCGCAGCGUAGUUCGCUCGGAGCAGGCGACCUGGACCAGUUCCUUUCUUCUCCGGUUGGCCGGCGUCCAAGCUUCGAGAGCACUCGAGUCCGAACUCCGAAGCCCCACGUGACUGACGCUGACGACUGAGAUCCAAGCACGCGGACCGACCCGACCCCACCGUCGUCGCGGAUGGCGGCGGCUGCGGCGCAGCUGCUGGGCGAGGACGGGCGCGGCUACGACCUCGCGCGGCGGCUGGAGGCGUGCGGCGCGUGGCGCGCGUGGCUGGGCGACGACGCCGCGCACGCCGCGCUCGCGCAGCACCUCACGUCCCCCUCCACCUGGGACGCCUUCCUCUCCCCCAGCGCCUCGGCCCCGCCCCCGCGCCCGCUCCUCCUCCUCCAGCUCCGCGUCCGCGCGCUCCUCUUCGACAAGGCCUCCGCCGCGCUCCUCGACCACGGCUCGACCCCCGCCAGCCUGCACUCCGUCAACGCCAACUAUCUUCAGCUUCAUGGAGAUGAUAUUUAUUGCUCUUUGGAAGAUGAGCAGGAAGAUAACAUUCCGCAUCAAACUUCUCAUAUGCUGCAGAUGCAUUCUAGAACUGCAUUUAGUCCAAGCAGGGACGGUUCAAUGUUGCCUCAAAGGCAUAAUCGAUAUGACGAAUUACCUGACACUUGGUACAAGCAAUAUGCUGAAAAAUUCAGGGCAUGGCAUAGCAAGCUUCGCUCAGGUGACAAAGAAAUACCAAAGAGAACACCAGAGGGAAUGUCUGACUAUCUUAAGAUUUGCAGUGUACAUAAAAGGAAGAGGACAGUGUUUAUGGAGGGUCCCAGCAUAUCUGCCCCCAUGUUGGAAAAUGGCCCUUCCCUGCACUCAAAGAAUGCAGGAGAGUUCAGCAAUUUAACAGACGAAACUUUCAUUCCAGAAAUUAGAUUUCCAGCUGACUGUGUUCCAGAAAGUGCGAUUCCUAGAACAACUGGAAUAUCUAUGACCAACAAAAUAGAAGUUCAUGGUGUUCUUGAUAAUUUACCAGCACCUGUUAGCCGCAACACUGCAAUGCUUGAAAGGUUUGGCAUGAUGCCUGAGUAUUACAAGACAGGAAACAAAUAUAGAGGAAAAGAUGGAUCUAGAGUAGAAGGGAAAUCUUUAAGUCAAGAGCAAGCAUUGCUUAUGACACGGAAAUUGGUUGCUCGCUACUUAGCAAAUUCAAGCUUUGAAAGUGGAACUGCAGGGUCUAUUGAUGUUCUUUCAGAAAUAAUAAUUAAGCAUAUAUGUAAACUAGGACGCAACUUGAAGCUUCUAACUGACAGCUACAGGAAGCAAUUUUCAUCUAUUGAACUCCUUAAGAUGUUCCUACAGACUGUUGGCUAUAGUAACAUUGGGCCCUUGAUGGAGAUUACAAAGAUGGGGAAUAGAGUGGUCAACUAUCCAAUUCAUCAAGAUGCACAAGUUCUUCAGUCACAAAAUCAAAAUUCCCUUCUUCAUGCCCAGCAGCCUCCAAGGCAGUUUCCUCCGCAAAUGACACUCCAGAAUUUGACACCACAACAGCAGCAGAUUCUGCAGCAGCACCAGUGGCUGAGGCGCAACCAAAUGACCAGCCCUCGUGGUUCUCUUACGAUGGCAGACAAGAACCAGCCUAUGGUCAAUGUGAAGAUUGAGAACACUCCGGAUUCUCAAAUGGAUAGCCCGUAUGGAUCUCUUACUAUACAACAUCAAUUGCAUGUAAGGCAGCAGCAGCUAUUGCAGCAGCAGCAGCCACAACUUCAGCAGCAGCAACUCCAACAGCAGCAGCAGCAGCAACAACUUCAGCAGCAGCACCUCCAACAGAAGCAGCAGCAGCAGCAACUUAAUCAGCAGCAGCAGCAACUUCAACAGCAGCAGCAGCAGCAGCAACUUCAACAGCAGCAGCUACAACAGCAGCAGCAGCAGCAACUUCAGCAUAUGACCAUGUCAGCAAAUCAAAAUGCUCAACUCGCACAGCAGCUGAAACAAGUCCCAUCAAUGAGUUCAUAUGGCAUACGAAUGCCGCCUGUGAAGGUAGAAGCCUUCCAUGAAUUGGUGAGUGGAGACUCUUCGCUGAAGCACGAUAACGACCCAAACAAACUUACUUCUCCUAAAUAGAUCCUUCGUAUGCGCGAGGAACAUGCAUGGCCUGUAUGUAGCUGCAGCGUAAAGGAUAACAUUUGUGAUCUGUGGUUGUUUUAGUUUUUGUCCCACGAACCUCCUGUGUUUCGUCUGAUUAUUUGCAUACAGCUGCAAGACAGGCCGUGUAUUGUAGAUGUAAGGUAUUUUGCUAAUGUAUUGCUCUUAUAAAGCUCAAUCCAAAAUACGAACUACUGUA